AUGUCCUCUGCCUCCUCCUCCUCCUCCCCUUUUGAAAAUGGGGUCAUGCUGUACAUGGUCUAUUUAAGCAAGGAGGAACUACAAAGGUUCAAGCAGCUUUUAGUGGAUGAGAACCCCAGACCUGGCUCUGUCCAGAUCACCUGGGACCAGGUGAAGACAGCCAGAUGGGGGGAGGUGGUUCAUCUCUUGAUGGAGUACUUCCCUGGACGACUGGCUUGGGAUGUGACUCGUGACAUCUUUGCCAAGAUGAACCAGACAGAACUGUGUCUUCAGGUACAGAUGGAGCUAAAUGACAUUCUACCCAGACUGGAGCCAGCAGACGCAAACCCAAGAGAAAUGCCAGUGAAUAUGGAGGAAAGAGAAUCUGAUAAAAUACAAGAGUACAAACUGCACGUGAUCGAUGAGUGUUCCACAACAUGUAGCAAGACCACUUGGCCUGGGAACCAUGUAGACUUCUUCUACCAAGAAAUAGAGAGACACAAGAGGUUCGUACCAUGUCUGUUUCUUCCCAGAAGACCUCAAGGGAGACAGCCCAUGACUGUGGUCCUACAGGGAGUUGCUGGUGUUGGAAAAACAACCCUAGCUAAAAAGGUGAUGUUGGAGUGGGCACAAAACAAGUUCUACCCCCAUAAGUUCUGGUGUGCUUUCUACAUCCAUUGCCGGGAAGUGGCCCAGGUGGCCAAGCAGAGCUUCUCGGAGCUGAUUGCCCAUAAGUGGCCAGGGUCAAAAGCUCUUAUGUCCAAGAUUAUGUCCAAACCAGACCAACUUCUGCUCCUCUUUGAUGGCUUUGAGGAGGUAACAUUGACCCUCACAGAUAGACCAACUGACCUGAGUGAGGACUAGAGCCAGAAAUUGCCUGGGUCUAUCCUGCUGACCAGUUUGCUGAGCAAAAGAAUGCUUCCUGAAGCCACUAUACUGAUCACUCUGAGGUUCACGUCUCGGAGGAAACUUAAGCCCUUCCUAAAACAGCCCUCUUUUAUAACCCUUACAGGGUUUGGUAUGGCAGAAAGAGGCAAGUGUUUCAGGACCUAUUUCGGAAACAAGAGGGAAGCUGAUGAAGCCUUGAGUUUUGUCAUGGGAAACACGAUUCUCUUGUCCAUGUGCCAGGUCCCUGUGGUUUGCUGGAUGGUGUGCUCUUGUCUGAGGCAGCAGAUGGAGAGAGGAGCAGAUCUCAGGCAGGUGUAUCCAAACGCCAUGGCUCUAUUCGUCCAGUAUCUGUCUAGCUUAUUUCCCACCAAGGCUGGAGGACUUCCUGGCUACACUCACCAAGAACAGCUGAGAGGUCUGUGUUACUUGGCUGCAGAGGGUAUGUGGAACAUGAAAUGGGUGUUUGACCCAGAAGACCUGGCCAAGCUGGAGGAGACCGCCAUUGCCACUUUUCUCCGUGUGAAUAUCUUUCAAAGGGUUGCAGGUGACCAAGACUGUUACACUUUUGCCUUCAUGAGCUUCCAGGAAUUCUUUGCUGCCUUGUGGUACGUCCUCUCCUCCCCGCAAAGACUCAGAAAUUUCCAGGUGUUGGACAGCGUUCACGUCACGCGCCUGAUAGCCUACCCCGGAAGAAAGAAAAACUAUCUCGCUCCGAUGGGGCUUUUCCUGUUCGGCCUUUUAAAUGAAACAUGCGCUUUAGCCGCGGAGAAGUCAUCCCGAGGCAAGCUGACCUUGAGUAACAGAAAGAAGCUGUUGGAAGUUGCAGCCCUGUCACAUGAAUUUGGCCCCCCAACCCCACACCACGGCGUCCCACAGCUAUUGUACUGUCUGCAUGAAACCCAGGAGGAGGCACUUGUGAGCCAGAUCCUAAAUGAUUGUCAGAAAGCUGCUUUGACCAUCAGCAAGGUCAAAGACAUGCAGGUGUCUGCUUUUUGUCUGAAGCACUGUAGACACCUGCGGUGUCUAGAACUGACCAUCACCCUGACCGUCACCCAAGUUUGGAGGCUCAACUGACCAAGCCACCCAGGCUCUGAGCUACCGGAAAGCAGCGAUCAGUGUUUUCUCUGGUGGCGAGACUUCUGCUCCAUGUUUUGGACACACGAGAGUUUGGAGGUCCUGGCUGUGACCAACACUUUUAUGGAGACUGAUUCAGCGAGGCCUCUUCAUGCAGCUCAGAGACACCCUUGGUGUCCACUGCAAAAACUAAUCUUUAGACAUGUGAAUCCCUCCAUGUUGAAUGAAGACUUCUUCCAAGUUUUGAUUGAAAACCGGUAUAUGAGACACUUGGAAAUACAAGGCACAGAAGUGAGAUGUGAGACCACGGAGUUUCUGUGCACAGCCUUGAAGUACCCACAGUGUUAUCUACAGCGUCUCAGCCUGGAAGACUGCUCACUUAACCCUAAAAGUUGGAUUGAUAUUGCCAGGCAUCUCAGAAGUAACAUACACUCAAAGACACUAAUAUUAGGAAGUAGCUACCUGGAGACAUUUGGUUAAUAUUACCUGUCCGUGGCCCAGCUGGAGAGGCUAAACGAGAACCUGACCCAUCUGAGCUUGGCAGAAAAUGCCUUGAAGGACGAAGGAGCAAAACAGCUUUGCAGUGCCUUACAGCACUCUUUGUGCCCUCUACAGAGGCUGGUGCUGAGAAACUGUAACCUGACCUCCGAGUGCUGUCAGGAAAUGGCCUCUGCUCUGGAUAAAAAUAAAAAUUUGAGAAGCCUGGACCUGGGUUUUAACAGUCUGAAGGAUGAUGGUGUUAUCCUGCUCUUUGAGGCCCUCGAGAAUCCUGAGUCUGUCCUCCAGAUUCUGGAGUUGGAAAGGUGCCUAUUCACCUGUGUCUGUUGCCAGGCUAUGGCCUCCAUGCUCCUCCACAACCAGAGCCUGAGAUACCUGGACGUGAGCAAGAAUGACAUCGGGUGCAGGGGCAUACUGCUCCUGCAGGAGGCUUUUCAGCAGCACAAGUGGAAAGCGAGGGCUGUUUUGGAAAUGAAGCAGAACUACGCAGCAGAGACAAUGACAAGGCUGGAGGGCCCAGCUGUGAAGAAUGAAGUCCUGAGGAUCAUACAGGACUGGAGCAUUGAGUACUGGGAGGAGGCAAGAUGGAUGGAGUGA